AUGCUUCGCCUGCGCCGCCAGCUCCGCCGCAUCUGCCUCUCGCGCCCCGCGCGCCGCGCCAACCCCUACCUCGCGCCCGGCGAGCUCUACAAGCCCAUCGUCUGGAUCGACUGCGAGAUGACCGGCCUCGACCACACCUCGGACCACAUCAUCGAGGUCUGCUGCCUCGUCACCGACGGGCACCUCAACCCCGUCGACGACGGCUACGAGAGCGUCGUGCACGCCUCCGCCGCCGCGCUCGCCGCCAUGGACGCCUGGUGCACCCAGCACCACGGCGCCAGCGGCCUCACCGCGCGCGCGCUGGCCUGCCCCAAGUCCGCCGCGCAGGUCGAGGCAGAGCUGCUCGCCUACAUCCGCCGUCUCGUCCCCCGCCCCGGCCGCGCCGUGCUCGCCGGCAACAGCGUGCACAUGGACCGCCUGUUCAUGCUGCGCGACUUCCCCGCCGUCGUCGCCCACCUGUCCCACCGCAUCAUCGACGUCUCCUCGCUCGCCGAGGUCUGCGCCCGCCACAACCCCGCGCUGCACGCCGCCACGCCCCGCAAGCGCGCCGCCCACACCGCCCGCGCCGACAUCCUCGAGAGCAUCGCCCAGCUCCGCUGGUACCGCGCCCACUACCUCGUGCCGCCCGAGAUGACCUGCACAUCCGCCGAUGACCCGGCCAGCCCUACGCCUACAUAG